AUUAGACCUUAUACAGAUGGCGCUGUCAUCAUUAAAGUUGGAUUAACCAUCACACAGAUUUUAGACGUCAAUGAGAAUAAUAAACUCAUCAAAGUAGACGGUAGAUUAUUAAUGAAUUGGCAUGAUUCUCGCCUUGCCUGGAAUUCCAAACAAUACAAUGACACCACCUCUCUCAGACUUCCUGCUCAUAAAGUCUGGCUUCCUGAUAUCACUCUGUAUAACAGGUAUGUUCAGGAAACACCACCUUCGUCAAAACUUCGUCUGGUAAUUUAUUCCAAUGGAAUGGUAUCCUAUAUUCCUAAACUAUCCAUUGAAAGUCCGUGUGAACUGGAUAAAGCCGCAGUCUUCAUGGUCUGUAGCUUUAAAAUGGGAUCUUGGGCUUACGAUGGAUACAGUCUUGAUAUUCGAGACUAUUUUGGUAAAGGCAUCAUAAGCUUGGAAGAUUUCACACAGAAUAGCGACUGGGAGAUCGUGAAUUCUACCAUCAGACGUAAUGAGAAGUAUUAUAAAUGUUGUAGCGAGCCUUAUCCAGAUCUCACCUUCACUCUUACUAUCAGACGUAAAGAAAGAUGUCUGGAUUGUUUGGUAGACGUGGAUGUAGUACCGAUCAUACUAGUCGCUUUCUUGGUUCCAAUACAGUUCCUCAUUCCUAUUGGCUCUCGUGAAAGAGCCACAUUCAGUAAGUAA